CAUUGUGUCAUUUGCCUCGACGUGCUAGUCGAGAAGGCAAUCGCCUUACCUUGCCGCCAUGAACAGUUUGAUUUCUCUUGCCUAGGCCAGUGGCUGCAGCGCCGACAGAUAUGCCCGCUGUGCAAGGGUGAGGUCAGGGCGAUCAGGUACGACGUUGAUAAGGAAGCGAACGGAGCGAGUAAGAUAUUCCAUCUGCCACCACCUGCGGAGGAGGUGGGGCAGCCGCGACGCAGAAACAUCGAAGCCCUCGCGGCACGUCACAGACUGAGGUGGGCGAGACAAGACCGACGCUUCUCGCAACACCAGGAGAACUCACAUUGUGCUGUCCAAUCGCAAGCCACAGGCCUUGCGUUUCGCAGGGCCGUCUACCGUAGCAAUCUUUUCUCUCUUUACGUCGGCUCAAAUCGCAUAUCAUGCUACCGCGGGAUUACACCUGUUUCUUUCCAACGCGAUGAACGUCUUGUCUCGCGUGCGAGAGCGUUCCUCCGUCGGGAACUCUCCGUCUUCGAUUUCCUUCGUCCAGAACCCUCUUCCUCCACCACCUCGUCGUCGGUGGUCUCAUCAGCAGCAGCAGCGACAGAGAGCCGUCGCGGAAGCACUGCCGACUUCCUGCUCGAAUAUGUCAUCUCGAUCUUGAAAUCCAUCGAUCUCAAGGGAAGUUCCGGGCAAGCAGAAGAGUUAUUGACAGACUUCCUGGGCAGAGACAACGCUCGGCUUUUCAUCCACGAGCUGCAGGCGUGGCUGAGGAGCCCGUAUGAGCGGCUCGAGGAUUGGGAUCGCAAUGUGCAAUAUUCCAUUCCCGCUAUUGCCCUGAUGGAUGGUGGCCAUGUGAAUAGUCAGCAGCGUGAAAAUGGCAAAUCUCGUGGGGCGCAUCGCCAUGCAACCGGAGCCCUAAGUACUGUCCCGAGAUGGUUCUCGGACCGCUUUGUCCUGGGAGGAGAUGAGCGGGGGACACCAACGCCU